CUCAGAUUAUGGACCGCUCAUUCCUAAGUGUGCUCAAAACCCUGAAAAUCGGGCAUUCCAUCCAACUCCCUCAAGACAACUAUGCUGCUCUCAAUAUGUUACUUCCCAUGGUGCUGCAAAAAGAACAUAGAAAAGUGUCAGAAUUGAUUAGCAGUAGUCCAUAUUUUGACAUUGAUACUGUUUUACCAAAAAUAAAGCGAACUUUACUUCAUAUGGCUGCAAACAUUGGUGCAGCUGAAUGUGUUGCAGUUCUCUUGAACGCUGGUGCCAAUCCAAAUAGGCCAGAUAGCAAUGGGGUUGUUCCAUUACAUUUUGCUGCUCGUAAUGGAUUUAAAGAUUGUUGCAAGCUUCUUUUAAAUAAAGGUGCGGAUCCAAAAGUACCAGAUAACGAUGGUUUAACAUCUGUUCAUUGGGCAGCUCUAAGUGGCAGAAAUGAGCUCCUUGCUGAUUUGCUUUCACGGAACAUUGAGCUUAAUGUACGUGAUAAAAUGGGUCAGACAGCUUUGCAUUUUGCGGCCAUGCAUGGACAUUAUAAAACAGUGGAAUAUUUAGUUGACAACGGUGCUCAAGUAAAUGAUGUGAACAUUGAAGGGCAUUCACCUCUCAUACUGUCAGCUAAAGAAGGGCACCAACAAUGUAUAGAUCUUUUGCUAUCAUAUGGGGCUAGUCCUUCAGCUAAAAAUUCAAAUGGUAUGUCAGUGUUACAAAUCUUGGUUUCUAAUCGGUACCUUGACUGUGUCUAUUCUUUGACACAGUCUCACCCUACUCAGUUGUGCAAUCUCAUUGAGACCCUCAGAGUUCCUGAAAUGAUCAACUACAAAUAUGUAAUUGAAUGUAUCCAGCAUAUUUGCUGCAAAAAAAGAAGUUUAGUUUUAAAGAUUUGGGAGACUCUGGUUUCUCUAACAAUAAAUACUGGAAAGGAAGUCAUGUCUUCUAAUACUGAUAAGGCUACUCCAAAAGCUUUUGUCAGUCUUGUGAAAGCCUUGAAACAAAUCAGCAUGUUAGACGAAGUUUCUCUCAUUGUAUCUCACUGCAGCAAAUCUAGAACUCACAGUGAUUCAAGCACACCAACUACAAUGUCCCCUCCAACUACCCCAUCAGGGUCUAGUUCUUUCACUUUUGGAUGUUUCUUUGAAAGCCCUGUGAUCAUAAAUCGACUUGAUGAUGUUUGGAUUAUUCUUGAACAGUGGAUGGCCAUGCUUAGUAAAGAAGUCAUUGCAAAACGCAGGUCAGAUAUAUCAAUUUCUGAGCUGCUAGCUUCAACUGAUACCGAUACCAAAGCUGGAAAUCUGUUCCUCUGUGACACAUUUGAUGGUGACUCUAAAUCGCUGGAUAAAGUCUCAGAUAAUUUGUGCACAGUCAUUGAGGCAUAUCAUCUGUGGUCAAAAGACACCUCUCUUCACCUUAAAUUUGAAGAGUUUGUUACCUCCUAUUCUGAUGUCUUUAAGGUUUUCCUUGCUCACAACAGCUUUUUCAUAUUCAACCAACUUAAGUUUUUCUUGGAAUCUCCAAGUUUCAUGAGACAGUUCAAUGGAAUCAGAAAAGUGAUUUAUCAGAAAGAUCUUGCUCUCAGAAAGAAAUGGUUUUAUGACAAUUUAUAUGAAGAUAUUGCUCCGAAUACUCACCCUGAUGACAGUGCAAAGAUCAGAAUCCGUCGAGAUGACAUAUUCAACAGCUCGUGUUCAGAGAUCUACAAUGCUAAUUUAGACGAUUUGAGGAAGAAUUUUGUGAUUUCAUUUCAUGGGGACCAAGGUAUAGGAGCUGGUGUGAGGCGUGAAUGGUUCAAUAUUCUUACAAAUGAAAUGCUAAAUGAGGAUUAUGCACUUUUUACUAAUUCGAACGAUGGUAUGACCUUCCAACCUAGUCAUAUUUCCGAUAUUCAAGAAGAUCAUUUAAAUUAUUUCAGAUUUGCAGGGAUUAUAAUGGGGUUAUCCUUGUACCACAGCAAUGUCAUCAAUAUCCAUUUUACAAAAUCGUUUUACAAGCAUAUUCUUGGGAUUCCAUCUGAUUACACUGAUGUUAGGUCCAUUGAUCCAGGAUAUGCUAACAGUUUACAAUGGUUGCUGGAUAAUGAUAUUACAGAGUUUGAAGAUGAUCUGGGACUGACUUUCAGUGAAGAUCAGAAUGUUCUGGGUGAAGCCAGGGUGGUAGAACUAAAACCAGGAGGUUCCAGUAUUCCAGUAGCUGAAAGUAACAAACAGGAAUACGUGGAGUUAGUAACAGAGUAUAAAAUGACAAGCGCUAUCCGGCCCCAGAUCAACAGUUUUCUUGAUGGAUUUCAUUCCAUAAUCCCAGCCUCACUCGUCGCUAUAUUCAACGAAAACGAGCUGGAAUUACUAAUGUGUGGGGUUCCCAACAUUGACCCCCACGACUGGGAAACAAACACCACCUACAACAACUACGAGGCUGAAGAUCAAGUGAUCCUCUGGUUCUGGGAGGUUGUCCACGAAUUUACCCCUGAGGAGCGCGCACUGCUCUUACAAUUCUGCACUGGUAGCUCCAAGGUGCCUCUGGGAGGGUUUGCUGGUCUGCAGGGAUCCGGGGAGGUGAUGCCCUUCACCAUUAGUAAAACUCAUGACCAGAAUAAAUUACCUACUGCCAGCACUUGUUUUAAUUUACUGAAACUGCCAAGUUAUAAAUCGUUCGAAAUUGUUAAAAGUAAGUUAAAGAUAGCCAUUAAGUAUGGUUCAGAAGGAUUUGAUUUUGUAUGAAAUUUUGAUGUUGCUUUAUUUUGUGAACUGAUUUUUACGUUAUGUUAUAUAUAAUUUUGUAUACAUGAGUUGUUUUAGUUGGAAGACGUGACAUACGUUGAAGUAUGAGAUAAAUUGGUAGUGUGCAAGUAUAUAUGAUAUGAUUUUCAAGUUUUUAUGCAAAUUACUACCAAAAUAAACAGCAAUAUGCAAGUUGAUUGUUUUUAUUGAGACCUCAGUUAUUAUUGUAAGCUCAUUUUGGAAUUUAAUUGCAUUGAUUUUUAAGGAUUUCUGAAGACCUAUUACGACUCGCCAUAAUUUAUUUGUCAAAAUUUCCCGGAUAUUUUCAGUUUGAAUACCAAAUUUUUUUGA